UUAUUCUAAGUAAUCUGAUAAGCCUUAAGACAAAUAUCAGACUUUUAAGAUGAAAGAUAUAAAGAUUAAAUGAGAAAAUCGAAUAAAAAAAACAAAACACUCCUGGAAUGUUUAACACUGCGACAAAACUAUUUACGGCACAUUUUAAAUUUACAGUCAAGGUGCCACAACAGCGUGCCCGCGGCUUAAUGACUAUUGUUGCGUAUAGAUGUUUGUUUCAUUCAAAUACCUAAAUUUAGAAAAACGGAUUUUUUUUCUAAGGAGAAAUAGGUCUCCAAUUUCCCCACGUAAAAUACUGUACAGUGUAAACCAAUGCAUUAAAAUCCCUGAAAUGUUUUGUAUUGAAUGCCACGGACCCGGUUUUAUAAUAAAAGAAGCUGAAAGAAGAGAUUGUGGGUCCCCAUGCCCGCACUUAGGCCAGCCACCACUGAUGUGGAAAUAUUCAUCAGAUUUUGCAAUGAAAUGUACACGAACAUUAUCUUACCAUUUUGUUUCUUCUGCGAAGUUGCAGUCUCUGGGAUUGGGAUUUCAGAAGGGCUAUAUAUAUUGGUACUGGGGGGCUAUUUUUCGAGGCAAGUCAUAUCAAAAUUAAUGUGAUUAUCAGUAUGUUUCAUUCACCAAGCUGAGGAAUCAGAAGCAAAUAGAUUCUUGUCAUAAUUGUAAGUACAAUAGGAUUAUCUGGUUGUAGAUUUUAUCACGAGGGCAUUGCACAAUCACAGGAAUCAUCGUUGCUAGAGUUGUUCAAGUCGAACUUUCUGAGAGCGAUAGAUUUCGAAUGAAUGUUCUUUGUGAGCAAACUAGAUUCCUGGGUUCUGACACAACAUAUGUAGAAUAAAUUCUGUGGGUGCCUUUUUUCCCCCGAGGGCUUCAUGGAUUCUUCUUCCUUUAAAGGGAUUACACAACCGGGCAGUAGGGAAAUGGACGAGAAUGUUGCUGUCCCAGAGUUAAUGGAUUUGGAUCCUUUUGGAGAUUCUUUGGCCGUUGGGUCAUGGAUGGAAGACUGUGGUGAUAUGGAAUUUGCAGAAAUGUCACCGAACUCCUCGGCUUCUUUCUUCAACGCACCAUUUUUUUCAUUGUUCUCUUUUCCCACUGCAGAAAAUUCUCAGCUUGUACAGGACCAGAGGCUCCAGAGCAAUGAUGUCAAAAACCAGGAGCAGAAAGUUAUAACAAAAGAUGAGCGUGCUCUUGAAUCAAAUCCAGUGUUUUCAGGCAGUGAAAAUGAUACUUACGCUGCUAGACAAGACCCUUUUGUGAGAAUGGAGGGAUUUCUGGUGAGGAAUGAAGUGUUGAAAUCAAACCCAAUCAGAGAAUCAGACUUUCAGCAGCUAAUGGAUUCAGGUAUGCCAGAAAAAUCUUUUACAAGGUCAAAUGAUGAACAAAAUGAUAUUCGUAUGGCCCCAGGAAGCAACAAUGAUGAUCUUGCCAGUAGCAGGUCAGAACAAGAAAAUGAUGCGCUGUUGAGAGCUGUCAGAACAUAUGACGGGCCAUCUCUUCUAAAGGAAAGGAUGACACAGGCUCUUAGAUAUAUAAAGGCCUUUAGCGGAAGUAAUGUGUUGGCACAGGUAUGGGUACCAAUAAAGAAAAAUGGAAAGCGUGUCCUUACCACCUAUGGACAACCCUAUGCUCUGGAUCCUGGCAGUGACAAGCUCAUUAACUUUAGAACUGUUUCCUUGAAAUAUGAAUUCUCUACCGAUGAGAACUCAGAUGAAGGUCUUGGAAUUCCAGGAAGAGUUUUCCUAAGAAAACUGCCUGAAUGGACACCUAACGUGCAGUAUUACAGUAGCAAGGAAUAUCCUCGUAUAAUUCAUGCACAAGACUACAAUGUGCGGGGCAGUCUUGCCCUUCCUGUGUUUGAACCAGAAAAUCAAACUUGUAUUGGUGUUGUGGAGCUCAUUAUGACUGCACAGAAGAUCCAUUAUGCACCUGAGGUUGAGAAUGUGUGCAGAGCACUCGAGUCUGUUAACUUGAGGAGUUCUGAAUUUUUAGAUCAUCAAAAGUUGCAGAUUUAUAAUGAAAGCCGUCAAGCUGUUCUGCCUGAGAUUUUAGAGAUUUUGACUGCAGUUUGUCAGACACAUAAGUUACCAUUAGCUCAAACCUGGGUUCCAUGCAGGCAUCGUAAUGUUUCCACUAAUGGUGAUGACAAGAAAGGAAGUUGUAUUGAUAUUGAUGGACACUCUUCUGGGCGAGUUUGUAUGUCUACAAUAGCUGAGGCAUGUUAUGUGCCAGAUCCUCAAAUGUUUGGAUUUCAAGAGGCAUGCUCUGAGCAACAUCUCCUGAAAGGGCAAGGUGUUCCUGGAAAAGCACUUGAAUCCAAUCAGCCAUAUUUCUCAGCUGAUAUAACAACUUUCAGCAAGAUGGAGUAUCCAUUACUGCACUAUGCACGCAUGUUUUUCUUGAGAGCUGCUGUUGCUAUUCGUUUAAGGAGCACCCUUGCUAGUAAUGAUGAUUAUGUCGUGGAAUUUUUUCUGCCUGUUGAUUGCAAAGACUUUAGAGAGCAGCAGCUAAUGUUAAAUUCCUUAUCUACGACUAUGCAGAGUGUAUGCAGGAGUUUACGAACUGUAUCUGACAGAGAGGUAGAGGAGGAGAGGUUACUAGAAAUUACAGAUGAGUGUCAGACUGGAAAAAAUAAUCUUGAGGAUGAGUUGCUGAUUGGAGAGGGUAAAACGUGUUUGACAGGACCUCUAGAACAAGAAUGGAAACAACAAGGUUCACUGCAACAACCAAUGCAAAAUAUUCAAAAUGAAAUAACACAACCACCUGCAGCAAAAUCACCCUCUGCUAUUGACUAUGAGAGACAUGAUUCAGCCCAAGUUGAUAAUGGCAAUGCCGCUGCUUGUUCAGUUGGGGAACCCACUUCUUUCUCUCCUGUUAAGGAGAAUUUGAAUAUCAGGAAGCGGGGUAAAGCAGAGAAAAACAUAAGCUUGGAAGUCCUCCGGCAGUAUUUUGCUGGAAGCCUGAAAGAUGCUGCAAAGAGUAUUGGGGUGUGCCCAACAACAUUGAAAAGAAUCUGUAGACAACAUGGAAUCUCCAGGUGGCCUUCACGCAAGAUCAGUAAGGUGAAUCGCUCCAUAAAGAAAUUGCAAAUUGUAAUUGAAUCAGUUCAGGGUGUCGAAGGUGCAUUUAAACUAGGCCCUUUUAUAAAUGGUUCAUUCUCUCCUACUUUAUCAAACACACGGAUGAGGAAUUCUCCACUAGUCCAGGGGAAUUCAUGUACUGCAGAUAUGAAAGGUGCAACUAGUCAUCCGGAAAAUAAAACUUCAACCCAGGGUCAAGAAGUUCGUUCCUGUGCUCAAACUUCUUUGGAGAAGUGCUGUGAUGUGUCUGAGGAAUUAUCAGUUUCUCAAAGCCUUAUGACAGCUGGUUUAGGCACUAGCCUACCUUCUGUAUUAGCAUGUAAAGAAAAACCUGGCAAUCAUGCUUAUUCUCAAAUAUCUACUCCUGAAAUCUGUGCAACACCAAUGGAAGGAAGCUUUAUGCAGAUGACAGGUCAUUAUAGAAGGGGCCUUGAUUCUUCCAUGGGUGGUGGGACAUCUAAUUCUUCAGAAUGCAGUCAGAACUCAAAUUCAAGUCAACAUUGUUCAAACGAAGUAGACCCAAAUGAUCAAGUUGCCUCCUAUCAAUUUGCCACUCCACAAACAUGUCAAGAGAAUGAGCAAAUUAAUGGUCAAAAAGAACAAUUUACCUUUCCUGUUGUGAAAAGGGCACAUAGUGAAAAACUCUUAGAUAAUAGAAGUGAGAAAGUACCUGUGAGAUCUUCCAGUUACAAAUGUCUGGAUUCAGCUCCAAAUGAACCAAGAAAUACACUUGAGAAGGGAAAAUGUGUUCAGGAGUGUAGCAAACCAAGUCCUCUACAUGUCAGUUUUAAUGAAUCUUCAUUUCUAAUGAACCCAAAUGAUCCAGAGUUAGAAAGGUUGAUUUUAGCAGGUAGAUUGCAAACUGGUGGACUCAGUGAAAAAGAUUUUACAUUAAUGACAGUGAAAGCAACAUAUAAAGAAGAUACAGUUCGUUUCAAAUUUUCUCAACAUAUGGGCUUUCAAGAAGUUCGUGAAGGGGUGGCAAAGCGUUUCCAGUUGGAGUUGGGUAUGUUUAAUCUAAGGUAUAUAGAUGAUGAUUCUGAGUGGGUUUUACUCACUUGUGAUGCAGAUUUGUCAGAAUGCAUUGACAUCUUCAAAUCAUCAGGUAGUCGUACAAUUAAACUUUUAGUCCAGGAUGUAUGUCCUAAUAUUGGAAGCUCAUGUGGGAGCACUGGGGGACUCUAAAUUAUGAAGUCAUGUAAUUGAGCACCAGCGUACUGUGAAUUAUGAGGUCAUGCAAUUUUGGCACCUAUUCAGAGUUUUGAGUCUAAUGGGUCUGUUUUAACAUUUUGUUUAAUUGUAAACUUAUUUUUAAUCUUCA